CCUGUCAUUGUGAUUUAACAGCUAAAGCUGCAACAAUUAGGCCUAGCUACUUGAUUAAUCAAUUUGUCGUUUGUUCAAUAGUUGAUUAAUCAUUGAAAUCAUUUUUGAAGUGAUCCAAUUUCACAAUUAUGAGAAGACGUCACCUCAGGAAACUGUCAUGGACGUUUCACUUUUUCACUAUUUUCUCACAUUUUACAGCCUGAACAAUAGUUUGAAAAAAUACAGUUAAUGAAUAAUGAUGAUCAUUUUUUCAAGCUCUUGUGACAACUAUAUGGUGUAUUCUUCAUUUUACAUCGCCACAGAUUUGGUUUGCUUGCUUUGGUCAGUUUAUCCCAGAUUGAACUUCUAUAUUGUAUCCACUAGAUGGGGCUCCCACCAUGGUUGUGUUUUUCCCCCAGGCGUACUAAAGCAUUUUGGAAGAGCAUGUAGUUUGAUUGGAAGAACAGGCUAUAGGGCCUUUAAUAACAUGCUAUAUGUUUGUGUCCUUUAAUUUCAGACCUCACGGAUCAUUUACUUCUCAUACACAGGGUUCUCUUGAGUCCUGACUGCUGGCCUUUGAUUUGUUUGCAGAUGGCAAUGAUUAUAAUGUAAUAACUUAUAUGACAGAAAUAGGGAAAUCCCCUCUUUACUUUUUCUUCUCCAUGUUAAGGGAUUGAACCUGUUGCUCAAGGACACUUCAGGGUGUGUGUUUGCUGCAUUUAAGGGGAGAACAUGAAACCACCAUGCUGAUUUUCAUUUACUGAUCAACCAAAUAGCAAUUUAUGCCUAAAAAUUCAAUCUGAGUGGCAAUUUUUUUUUUUUGACGCAUAAUUAAAGUGUUUGGAGUUGAGAGUUGAAAUGAAGUCCCUCUGCCCAUAACAAUGUGUUUGAUUAGGUUUGGAUUCUUGUGCGAACGUCCUAAUGGUGUGCAUCAAGGUGUGUUGAGAUUUCUGUAUCAAUGCAGGUAAACACAGUCAUUCUGCAGCUCCGUCCACCUGGGUGGCGUUACAGUGGGAGGGGACACAGUAAUAUUCAGAGAGUCCAAUGAGGGUACGGUAAUAUGAUGUGCCCCCCCCCCCCCCCCCCCCGAGAGCCCUGCCUCCAAGCGGAGCACUGGGACAGGCGCACCGGGUUGAAAGUCUGUGUGCAUGUGGGGGCCCUUAAAGAGGUGCGUCGAGCAGACGGCUCAGACUUUCUCCGUUGAGAAUCAGCGAGAUGAAGAGCAGCGCCAACCCGGCACCAUGCGCUCCAGGCUCCCACGGACCGCCUGCCUAUUGCGACUCAUUGCACUCUGCAUCCUCCUCUCGCACACUGCAGCUUAUUUUGGGCUGACAGGUCGGGAACCCUUGGUGUUUUUACCCGGACCGUUUUCCAAUGAACCCCCUACGGGAAAGGCCCACCUGAAGCAGUGCGAGCAGAUGACUCUGACCAGGCGGCAGAAGAGACUGUGCCGCAGGGAGCCUGGCUUGGCCGAGACGCUGCGGGAGUCGGUGCGCCUCAGCCUCCUGGAGUGUCGGUACCAGUUCAGGAACGAGCGCUGGAACUGCAGCCUGGAUGGCCGGGGAAGCCUCCUGAAGAGAGCAUUCAAGGAGACUGCCUUCCUCCUGGCAGUGUCCUCUGCGGCGCUGACUCAUGCACUCGCCAAAGCGUGCAGCUCGGGCCGAAUGGAGAGGUGCACGUGUGACGACUCCCCCGGCAUCCAGCAUCGAGAGGCGUGGCAGUGGGGGGUCUGCGGCGACAACCUGAAAUACAGCACCAAGUUUCUAAAGAAGUUCCUCGGACAGAAGAGGGUCAGCAAGGACCUGAGGGCUCAGGUCGACGCCCACAACAUCAACGUCGGAAUUCGGGCAGUGAAGAGCGGGCUGAAAACAACCUGCAAGUGUCACGGUGUCUCCGGCUCUUGCGCCGUACGGACUUGUUGGAAGCAGCUGUCGCCUUUCCACGACACCGGGCGGCUGCUGAAGUAUAGAUAUGACACUGCGGUGCGAGUGCUGAGUGUCACCAACGCAGCCACGGGUGAGACCGAGCUGGCAGGGCCCCGUCGUCACGGCCAGAGCCUCCGCACUACUGACCUGGUCUACCUGGAAGACUCCCCCAGCUUCUGCAGGCCCUCCCGCUACUCCCCCGGCACAGGCGGCCGGUCGUGUGCCAAAGACACCAGCUGUCAGAGUCUGUGCUGCGGACGGGGUUACAACACAGCCAUGCGCCUCACCAGCCUGUCCUGCCACUGCCAGGUACGCUGGUGCUGCCACGUGGAGUGUCAGACAUGUGUGAGAGAGGAGGAGGUGUACACCUGCAAAACUGCAUAAACAAAUAAUGAGAUAGAAGAAAUGUAGGGAGUAUGUGAAGACUUGCAAAACAAAAAGAGUCAGCGGAAAAAUGUGAGAGAGACAAAGAGUUCAUCACUGAUCUCACACAUCGACAUGACUGAACUCUAAUCUCCUAUAGACAGUCCGCUGCUCUGAUCACAUCACAUCAGAUCAUGUCUUUGCAGAUCUCCAUUCUGAGUUGCAUGUUAUUUUUUUGGGAGGAAUAUACACUUAUAAAGCAUUAUAAAAUUGCCGGUUAUUUGCUAAUCAUCAGCGAUUUGAUAUGCAGCCGCUUACAGUAGGUGAGGAUGUUUUCAAACCACUCUUCUUUCCUCUCACUGGAUGCACUGAAAAUCCCGCUCUUCUGAGACGGAGGGAAUCAAGCUCUUAAAAAGCAGGUACUGGACUGGACUGGAUUGGAUUACCACCAGCAGUACGACGUCAAACCCUGCCUGCAGGGGAGCUCCGACACUGACUUUGCUGUAUUGUAAUUAUCUCAUUUCAUUUGACUAUUUAUUGUAUCACUCAUCGUGUCUGUUGUACUGCUGCUUUAUACUUUAACCUUCUUAUAAUCGAGAGUUGCCACUAAGGCUAAAACAGCCUGAAAAGGAAUCUACCUGUCUGUCCUAUUCUGUCUGCUGUGUUCUAUUCUCUGCUGUGGAGAACGUUUGAGGGUUCUUUUCUGAGUAAAAAGCACUUAAGUUGCUCUUGCUAUGAUGAUACGAAGUGUGUAGUUAAUCACAGAAUAUAUGUAUAAAUAGAACCACUGGAAGCUUUGAGGUGUGGUUGAUACCACUGAUAUACAUUGUAGCUACAUGCAUUAACUGGGUUAUUGUGUAAAGAAACAAGCUGGGUUUCAGUUGCUCUUAUGGAAAUGUCUAUGGAAAUCUCUACAUGUAGCCUAAUGUGUGCUCAGCAGAACAAAGGGGAAAAUACUCUGAGUAAUAGUGAGGGGAAACACCAAACACUCCUGCAAACAAGAAUGAAAAACACUUAAAUUGUAAACAUACCAGCUCUUUUCUUUUUUUUUUUUUUAAAUUCUAUUUAUAGAGGCGCACACUUUACAAUACUUUCAUGUUUAAAAUUGCCUGAUUGAACCAUUCAGUCUUCAAAGUCUAAUUUAGCCACAUCUUUGUUCUCGUGCCUUUGAACUGGGCCAAUCAUGCUCCUUAUUUUUGCAAAUUGCUAAUCAAAGGAAAUCACCAUGUUUACUCCCUGAUACUCACAUCCAAAACAAAGUGUCCAUGUGCGCAGGUCAAAAGUGCACGUUAGACCCGGAAAGGUUUAUUUUUACUGGCCAGUUUAUGUGUUAUGUGUGAGCGAUUCUGAACUGUAUAUAUGAUAUGAAUAUAACUCAUGCCAGGGCUCCAGGCGCAUGACAAUGUGGAAUCGUAAUUUACUACCUCACUUCAUCUUUUGGCAAAUAUCAGUAAGAUUUAUGAGUUAUGCAGAGUUAUUCUCUCUGUAGAUACCUGUCCUUUUCCAUUUUAGAUUUUUGUACAGUUCUUUUGAAUUUGGUCUUAUAUAUAUAUAUAUAUAUAUAUAUAUAUAUAUAUAUAUAUAUAUAUUCAAAAGUAAAUGUUUUUCUUUAAUCUUGUUGCUUUACAUUCUUAUUUAAAACAAAUAAGAUUAAUAAAUGGACAUACAUUUGUAAGAGCUAUGUGUUUGUUGUGUCUUGUUCAGUUGCUGGAGGCGGUCACCCUCAACUGUGCUCUCUCACGCACACAUGCACACACACACCCCGCACGCAACAGGGAAACACGUGCAAUACACCUGCCUGAAACCCUGCACCCUGCGUCCAGCGAGUAAAAAAGCCACUUCCUGCUGA